GGAAUACAAUAGCAAGGAGCUGACCUCUUUAGCUGUGCCUGAUAUACGCGACUCAACUCGAGCUUUCAGUAAGAAAAUUGUCACCUUGCGAAUUUGAAGGGCCACCAUUGGUUCUUUUCUUGAAAUUCAACUCCUGAUUGGACCACCUGUAUGCUCUGAAGACUGAAUAUGUGUUUUAUUAUUAUCACACUGCCAUAUCAAGUUUCUUUCUACUGAGUAGUAUUUGCUCAUUGCGUUAUCAGGAUUUUAGCUUCCUUUUUGCGAUUCCUCCACUCAUGUUGCUCUUCUUCCCGCACUGGCAGUUGCCGAAACCGUGGUUACUUUUGGGCUUCCGUCAUUCUUGUCUGUCGGAUUCGCGGCUGUCAUUUGUUUGGAGGUCAGCUGUCAGCUGUUUACAUUUGUGACGAUGACUUUAUUUCUUUAUUUUGUACAUCGUUACGUGUUUAACGUUUUUAUGAUCUGCAAUUUUACUCUGAGUAGGAGCAGUUGAACACUGAAUAUCUUUAAUAUAACUAUGAUAUCAAAUAUAUGCCUCAAAUAUAUACUCUGUACUGUAAUUGAAGUUUAAUUUUCCUUCAAUUUGAAUUGCUGAUAGAUAACUAACUCCCAACUUUAGUUUCUACCAGAGUAAUCAUGCCCAAAGGAGUAAUUGUCGAUGAGGAGGCAGUGAUGGCUGGUUACGCGGACGUCAGAGACGAUGAAUCUGAAACCAAAUUCCUGAUGCUCACCUAUCAGGACGAAAAUACCAAAAUUGGCGUGUCGAAGAGUGGUGCUGAUUAUAGUGAAGUAUUAACAGAUCUUGGCGGCGAGGAAGGAGAAUCUCUCCGAGCAUACGUGUACUUGAGAGUCGUUACAGGAGAUGAGAUGAGCAAACGACACAAGUUUGUUCUCUUGACAUGGUGCGGUCCUUCUGUUCCUGCUCUGAAGAAAGCUAAGAUGUCCCUAGAAAAGACUCUAGUCAAGAAUCUGAUGAGAAGUUUCGCAGUCGAAAUCCAGGCUUCCGAGUUGGAAGAAAUGGCGCUAGACAAUUUGUUACGAAGGGUACAUGACGAAUGAUGAUAGAAUGUAUUAUGGAUCUGGUAAGAAAGAGCGGCGGUGCGAACUACGGUCCUGGAAAAUAAAGCACCCAUUAGGGAUUUAAUUGAUACUAGUGCCGUAGCCGUUCUUUAUAUCUAACAAAUAGACGUCCGCACAACUUCUAUUUUUGGAUUUAAAUGUCUUGAGAUGAUAAUCCUUUUUAUAAGCGAAAAUGCUCAUCUUGCAAGAAGACCCAGGCAAGUAUAUCUGAACGCCACGGUGGUCUGCCACAAAAGAUUGAUUUAUCGGUCGUUCAAAAUUUGACGACGUUUCAUAUCUGUUCAUAUUUUAGAAUCGGUCUACUAUUAUAAUAAGCUAUUGUUUUAUUUUCAAUAAGUUGCAUCAAGUUUAUGUUUAAUUAUGUUAAGGAAUUUUCAUAUCAUAUUACAUUCCAGGUUUAUAAGCUAAUUCAUGAAGUUUUUCUGAAUUGUUAUUUUUAGGGAUAUCGAGGAAUUUUAUAAAGGAUGUACUGUUUUUGAGGGGACGCCUAGAAUAUUGCUUUUUCGGUGACCGUAUAGAUUAGUGAAUAUUUAUUGUUCCGCAUUUAGGCAAUUUUAAUCUUGUAAAUUUCAUUUAAAUAACAGAAUUACUUUAGGCCAUUACGUAAUCCCAUUUUCUCAAAAUUUGAAUCAUUUUACAUGUGUGAAUAAUAAUGUAUAUGAAUAAAUUGCAACCCACGGCGUGAUUUUAGUCCAUGAAUUCGGUAAGUUGGUUGAUUUUUAUAGCGCAAUAUUUGAUGUUUAUAAAUUAGUGGCGUUAACAGUUUUUAGCUGAA